UUUCGUUGCGUGAGUUCGAAGAAUUGAAGUGUUCACCGUCCAAAGUGUUUACAAAGGCCGAAUAACAGUGGUGUGGAGUUUAAAUGUUUGAUGGUAGUGUUGUGUUGUGAUGCGAAACACAUGAAACAACAGGAAUGUCAUAAAAAAAUAAAAACAAAAGAGAGAACGAAACAAAAUCAACAAUCAAGAAUUAAAACAAGUUUUGUGGUGGCCUUUUCGGUAGAUAUAAAGAAAAAUUUAAAGCUACCAACAACAACAAACAUAUUCUAAUAACAACAACAACAAAAACAGGCUGUAUGUUUAACUUGUUAUUUCGGGAGAAGAAGGCAUGGCAGAAACUUCGUCACAUCUGCAAAACGUGAGCUUAGAAUUAAUCGCGUGUGAGUGUUAAAACAAAAAAAAAUUAAACUAAAAACCAACAACAAGAACUAAAAAACUUAGCCGACAAACGAGUAACAACAAAAUUAAACAGUGUUUUUGUUCCUAGCCGCUUUUGCAGCCCACAGCAUAUAGGCAGCAGCAGCAGCAGCAACAACAUAAACAGCCCGCAGCCUUACUGAAACAAUUUCGGGAGGGAAUUAUUUUCUUGAACUAAAGUGCGAACCGAAAGACGAGCCGUUUUUCGCGUUUGGAAGCAUUGUUAACUAGUUUUGAAGGUAUUUCGACAUUUUUGGUUCGUCGUCAGAUAAUAAAUGAUCGCUGUCUUGCUGUGAAAGCCAACAACAAAAUCAAGAAGAAAAAAAAAAUAGUCGAUGAAUGAACGCAGUAAUAAUGAAUCACGACAACACAACGGCGGCGGCACAUUUUCAUUAAAUUCCAAAAUAAUUGGAAGCCCUUUUAGAUCAAAGCAGACACAAAAAAUUUUUAAUUGAGAAAAAAAAACAAAAAUAUAACAACAGUGACGACAAACUUAACGGCAACGGCACAAAGAAAAAUCAGAACAUUUACAAAAACCCCCCCUAAUACAGCUUUGUUGUGGUUAAUCACACACACCCCCAUCACCCAAGCCCAACCGCCAUAGAAGUAGAUCGACAGCAACAACAAUGGAAACGGCGACGACGACAUAUGAUGACAGACCGAUCAGCAUGUAUGACAAUCUCAAUAUGACCAACAAUGUGAAUACGACGAGCACACCUAAAACAAAACAUCUACAACCGCCGUCAACAGCCUCAGCUCACAUGAUGAUGACGCCGAUGCAAGCGGCGGCAAAGAAACCUUCACCAGCACUGCCACCGUCCAAAGCAAAUGGAGCAGCACAUUCAACGCCCUUUGCCGAUAUAGCAUUUAAAUUUAACGACAACAACAAUACAAAGACCCAGUCACCGCUGACGACGCAGUACCAACAGCCACCACAACCAGCCCCAGUCCAAGUAAAUGGUAAUCGGAACUUGAAUCAAAUUAGCAAGCCAUCGCCGCCACCCAAUACAGCGAAUUCAUUGUAUGCUACCCCAUUCAAAAUGGCCAAUACGGCAAUAGCCAAACCGGCCAUAACCACCGCGACCACCUCAACACCAUCACCACCUCCCCAGGUAUUGCAGUCGCUGGCGUCGCCGCCUUCAGCAUCAGCGAGUAUAGGAAAUGCAUUAUCUUCGUCAUCAAUAACAGCAAUGCCUUCAACAACGUCAUCAUUGGCAUCACCUUCAUCAUCAUCGUCGAAAUCGCCAUUAUCAGCAUCAGCGUUAGCGCCGCUCGCAAUGCCAGCAGCUGCAAAUUCAAUAGCCAAUGACGCUAGACUUCAUGAACGGCCGCUUAGUCAACAUUCGCAAUCCGAACUAAACGAAACAAGUCACAAUAUUGCUGCAGUGAAAGCUGCACUCAACGAAGCCAAAUCGAAAUUUUUUGGCCUAAACGGUUAUGCCCAGCAUCAGCAACCGCAUCAGCAUCAUAGCCCAUACGAGCCCCACGAAUCUCAGAUGCAAAAUCUAUUGCCCAAUAACACCACAACAUCGCCUAGAGACAACAAUUCCAGAAAUCCGCAACAACAACAGCAACAUCACCAGCCGACAUCACAUCUGCAACCGCAACAGAAACCACAACCGAAGUAUCAAAACAUACCCGAAAAUAGUGCGCUUUUCCGCAGUUCGCCCAAGGCGGGGGUUGAUGCGCCUGCGUUACCGCCAAAACCUGUGGAGUAUCAAAAUUUGAAUACAGCACCGGCCACCACCAACACCACCGCUACUACCCCAACCAACAACAACAACAAAGCGAUUGGCCAUAACAGUCCCAUGGAUCAUCAUUCAAAUCAUCGAAAAUUACCCGAUGGCACCACAUAUAAUCAGAUAUCGUUGAACGAUAUCGAUGGUCCCUCACAUCGUUCACAGACAGUCUAUAUGGCCACCACAGUACCACAAAAUAUUAAAGGUAAUAAAAUCGCUGGACGACAUACGCCAACGCGAAGUAGUUUAAGACACAGUCGUAUGUUGGUCGUAAGUAAUAAACACUUUGAGGAAAUUAAGCAUCCCAAUCCCAUGGGUUUUCGUCAGCCUAAUCUUGCCCGCUGGUUACUAAUACUACAGAUAAUCAUAGGCAUUCUCUUAUUAAGUCUAUCGACAUGGAUAUUUGUUCUAUCGCCCAAUACGCCCAUACAGGAUAAUCCCUAUUGGAGUGGGCUAGUGCUUCUUAUUGCCGGUAUUAUAGGUUUAAUUCUAAUACGCUAUCAUCGCAUCAAACGUGACAAGACCCGGGAACAUUGUUUCAUAUUUUUGCGUAUGGAUUCCUAUGUUCUUGCCCUGCUCUCGCUAUUGCUGUGCUGUGUGGCCCUAAUAUUUGCUGCCAUUCAUUAUUGUCGCAUCACAGCUCCAGAUACCAGAUGUGAAAGUGUACAUAUGCUAAUAGAGCAUGGCUCAUGUGUGUGUACCUUUAACGCUCCCCCAUUGAAUGACACCAGUACAACAAAUUCCACAGAAUCAUUGGCCAGUGGCCUUGAACCUGAAUAUGGUCUAGAAGGAGAUAACCUAGCAACAGACAAUAGUUACAAAUUUGAAUAUCGUGACUUGAGCUGCGAUGAAGUAUCCGGACCCUGGACAACAAUUUUGGGACUUUCGUUCAUCGUUAACUCUGUGGGUUUUGUCAUAUCGCUGGUCUAUAUCAUUCUAUUAGCAUGUUGCCGCAGUGCUGAAAAACGUUCAUAUACAACCGUCCGUACAAGUACCUUUUAAGACUAGUUUAAAAAUUCCAGUAUAAAUUAUUAUAAAUAUUUAAAUUUUAAAAUGUAAUUUUAUCAUUUAACAAAUACAUUCUUGUAAAAGUGGUGUUCAAACUUAAAGCGAAUAAGUUGUAAAAAUCAGAAUGAAAACAA